AGCAAGAAGCUAACAAAAUGCUGCCACAGCGGAUGAAAAAGGUUAUGACAGACAACCCAAAAAAGUUAGCCAAUUUGAUUGACCUUGUAAAUCUCCCUUCAACACUUAGAGAGUUCAUGGGUCAGUCACAGACCUCCCGCUUGGGUUGUUUUAAACGUGUCUGGUCUUACAUCAAAGAGAACAAUCUCCAGGAUCCGAACAACAAGAACUUGGUUAAUUGCGAUGAAAAGUUGAAGAGUGUCUUGUUGGGUAAGCCCCAGGUUGAGCUGACUGAACUACCAACGCUGAUCAAGUUGCACUUCCCCAAGCAACCAAGAUGAUUGAGUUUAUUGUAGUGUUUAAUCCAAGUGCUUAAUCUUCGAACACUAUAUAGACUCCACAGAUUUUAUGAAGAGUUAGGCUGAUUAUGUAUCCUGGUGAAAUGACUUGUCUUACUAGUUACUAGUCAAAGUUCUACAAGCAGAAGCUCUAGAGUUUUGCGUUUUGCCAUA